AUGAUUGGACCAGGCGGAGACGCGCCCAUGGCGCUCGGCGUCCUUUGGGGCUUGACGGGACUCACUCUGUGCUUCGUUUUGCUGCGGUUGUACACACGACUUGUUAUCCUUCAAGCCUAUGGUAUUGACGACCACUUUUACAACUUUGCCUUCAUUCUUUUCGUCGCCUACGAUGUCAUGCUCACGAUUUCUUCCUAUUACGGCUUCGGCAGGAACGUAAUGGAAAUCGAAACGCCGGACGUACCACCGGCGAUUUUGUACGAGGCCAUCGGCACCACGAUCCUCGUCUCCGCCAUCGUCGUCUCCAAAGCUUCGUUGGCCUUGUUCCUCCUCCGACUUGUGAACACACGCCUGCAUCAAAUCGUCGUUCUUGGUCCAGUCAUCAUCCUUUUUCUCUUCGCCGUCGUUUCGCUCUUGGUCUUCUGGUUCUCGUGCGUACCGAUAGAAUUCCUCUGGAACCGGUUCAUCCCCGGCGGAGUUUGCCACAUUGACCCUGGUCCUAUCUCUACGGCGGCUGGAUCAUGGAGCGUUGUUGUCGACUUCUGGUACGCUGUGACACCCUGGGCACUGUUGUGGAAUGUACAGAUGCCGAGACGUGAGAAACUCCUCAUCAACGUGAGUAUGAGCUUGGGUGUAAUUGCUGGUGCGUGUGGUAUCAAGAGAGCAUUGGAGCUUAAAAACCUCAGCAGCUUGAACUUCACCAAGGAUACAGUCCAGCUUAUCAUUUGGCAUGCGUGUGAGCUUGCGGUCACCAUGGUCUGCAUCGGCAUCCCAGUCUGUCGCCCCCUUUUCAAAGGCUGGCUCAACCAAUUCUCUUCCCGAGGCGACAGCAACCCUGGUCCAUACACGAGAAACCUGACGGGGUCCAACGGCGGUUUUGGCCUGAGAACAAUAGGAGGCACCGACUACACAGUAAGGGUUGGAAUGAAGACACCCGAGUUGGAUUUGAGCAGCGCUGCUGGCCGAAGUGGCGGAGGUAUCGUUGGAGUCCCUGCUAAGCCUAUCGGAAAGGCAUAUGGGGACGACAACAGCGUGGAUUCGAUUCUGGGGCCUGAGGACCGCCAUGGCCAUGCACGAGGCGUGGAUACUGACGGGUAUUCAAGUGAGGAGGGCAAGAGCGGUGCUCAGAAUAUCUGGGUGAAAUCCGAGGUGCUGGUCAAGUCGACAGCAAGGGAUUGA